UUGGUCCCAAGUGCCAGGAAGAUGGAACCAAGCUUGCUGAUGUGGGGAUUAUUCACACUCAUCAUGGUACCUGGCAGCAUGACAGAGUUUUGUGAUAGUGAACCACUGGAGAUCAGUUAUGCCACCUUCAAAGCCUUGUCCUACGUUAACGGCACCAUGUUAACCUGCGAGUGCAAGAGAGGGUUCCGCAGAAUACAAAAUGGGUCUCCCUAUAUGCUUUGUACGGGAAACUCUUCCUGGGAAAACAAGUGCCAGUGUGUAAGCUCUCACCCUAGGAACACAGGGAAACAAGUUACACCUCAACCUGAAGAACAGAAAGAAGGGAAAACCACAAAAAUGCAAAGCCACUUGCAGCCUGUGGACCAAGUGAACCUUGCAGGUCACUGCCAAGAGCCCCCUGCGUGGGAACAUGAAGACACAGAGAGAACUUAUCAUUUCAUGGUGGGGCAGACACUUCACUACCAGUGCAUCCAGGGGUACAAGACCCUACACAGUGGCCCUUUCUUGAGUGUCUGCAAAACCAUCCGUGGAGGAACAAGGUGGACCCGACCCCGGCUCACAUGCCUGGAUGAAAAUGAGCUCCAUCUGUUUUCAGAUGAAGUUGACAUUCAAACAAGCACGGAUGAUCUUCCUGAAAGUGAGACUUACCACACCAUCACCACAACAGAUUUCCAACAACACUCAGAAGUAGCAACAACCAUGGAGACGUUCUUGUUCACGAUGGAGUACCAGAUAGUAGUGGCCGGCUGUGUCUUCCUGUUGAUCAGCAUCUUGCUUCUGAGUGGACUCACCUGGCAGCGGAGAUGGAAGAAGAGUAGAAGAACCAUCUAGAAAACCCAGAGUGGUGAGAAACCAAGAACAGCCAACAGAAGUCAUGAGGCAGAAGCAAAGUCAGAGAGGUCAAACGCUCAUCUCGCAUCUCGCCUCUCACAUCCCUUGGCUUUUGGGAACCUCUGGAUUCACAUCACAGGACAUCAGGCAGCUGCUGCCAUAUCACUAAGACAAUCUGCACCAUCAA